AUGUCUUCACUUAACGAUAGUGUAGUAAUUGUAACGUAUGAUUGCUAUGUUUGUCACCGAAGCUGUGACCUACUCAUCGAUAAUMGCUGUCCUCAUUGCAAGUCACGAGUCAUUGAGAAGACCAGUGGUCAGACACCACAAAAUGAAAACAAAAUGAGUGACCAAUCGGCUGAAAAUGUGGUCAACAAGUCUAUCAAAAUGUGUUGUAUAUGUUUGGACCCAUUGGCCGAUGCGAUCAAAGCACUAAAAUGUGGCCAUAAUUUCCAUAAGCAAUGUAUUAAAGGAUGGUUUGCAACGAAACACAACACGUGUCCGAUGUGUCGCCAAAAGGUUGUCUCUCCCGGACCUCCACUAAGUCUUUCAAAUAUUUUAGUGACUCAUUCAUCAAACACUUGA